AUGCUCGAGGUGCAACAAAUCGUAGCUGCUGCCGAACCCGAUGCCAAGGAGACGUACCGCUCACUCGAAGAAGCCACGGGCAUAUCGAGCUACCCAGUCCACCUCUCUGCAGCCAGCCUGCAACAGCGCAAGCACACCAAGAACCUCCAGGAAUUGAUCAAACCAGGCGAAGACUUGUUUGAAGAGCUCCCUUACGAGAAGCUUGAAGACAUCUUCUACACGUGGCCUGCCGUUAUGGAGCAAGUCAUGCUUGAGAAGGGCGACAACAGCUACGACAUUCCUCACCUACACAAAAUAGCUCAACGUGCAACGCUGGGCCCGCUUCCCCAACGCUACAUUUGCUCGAUGAAGAUGUACUACACGCAGCUCUUGUCGACGGACUGA